UCUCUCGGCUCUCCCGGGGCCAAGGGGUGCCCCCCCCGGGUUUGGACCGGACCCGCUCCGCCACCCCGAACCCCCCUCCCCUCCCCUUUACCAUGGCAGCUCUGCCCGGGACGGUGCCUCGGAUGAUGCGCCCGGCUCCGGGGCAAAACUACCCUCGCACAGGCUUCCCCUUGGAAGUUUCCACCCCGCUGGGCCAGGGCAGGGUGAACCAGCUCGGAGGGGUGUUCAUCAACGGUCGCCCCCUUCCCAACCACAUCCGUCAUAAAAUCGUGGAGAUGGCUCACCACGGGAUCCGGCCCUGCGUGAUCUCCCGGCAGUUGCGGGUCUCCCACGGAUGCGUCUCCAAAAUCCUCUGCAGGUACCAGGAGACGGGCUCCAUCCGGCCCGGAGCCAUCGGAGGCAGCAAGCCCAGGCAGGUUGCGACUCCCGAUGUGGAGAAGAAAAUCGAGGAAUACAAACGGGAAAACCCCGGGAUGUUUAGCUGGGAGAUCCGAGACAGGCUCCUGAAGGAUGGGCACUGCGACCGGAGCACCGUGCCCUCAGGUUUAGUGAGUUCGAUUAGCCGUGUGCUACGCAUCAAAUUCGGGAAGAAAGAGGAAGAGGAGGACUGUGACAAGAAGGAGGAAGAUGGGGAGAAGAAGGCCAAGCACAGCAUAGACGGCAUCCUGGGCGACAAAGGUAACAGGCUGGACGAAGGCUCUGACGUUGAAUCCGAACCCGACCUGCCUUUGAAACGCAAGCAACGCCGCAGUCGAACCACUUUCACCGCUGAGCAGCUGGAGGAGCUGGAGAAGGCCUUUGAGAGAACCCACUACCCAGACAUCUACACACGAGAGGAGCUAGCUCAGAGAACCAAGCUCACUGAGGCCCGAGUUCAGGUGUGGUUCAGCAACCGAAGAGCGAGAUGGCGCAAACAGGCGGGAGCAAACCAACUUGCAGCAUUCAAUCAUCUGCUGCCAGGCGGCUUCCCGCCGACAGGAAUGCCGACUCUCCCCCCGUACCAGCUUCCGGACUCCACCUACCCAACAACCACCAUUUCCCAAGACGGGGGAAGCACUGUACACAGACCCCAGCCCCUGCCGCCAUCCACCAUGCACCAGGGAGGGCUCGCUGCGGCCGCCGCUGCUGACACCGGCUCUGCCUACGGGGCCCGACACAGCUUCUCCAGCUACUCGGACAGUUUCAUGAAUGCUGCAGCUCCUGCCAACCACAUGAAUCCUGUUAGCAAUGGCCUCUCUCCACAGAAGCAGGGUGCCCAAAACAAGAUGCAGUGCUCCAGGUGGAACCUCACCAUAGCCUUGAACAAUCAGGUGAUGAGCAUCCUGAGCAACCCCAGCGGGGUUCCUCCGCAACCCCAGGCUGACUUCUCCAUCUCUCCCCUUCACGGUGGCUUGGACACCACCAACUCCAUCUCUGCCAGCUGCAGCCAGCGGAGCGACUCCAUCAAGUCCGUGGACAGCCUUCCGACUUCCCAGUCCUACUGUCCUCCCACCUACAGCACCACCAGUUACAGUGUGGACCCAGUGGCUGGCUACCAAUAUGGACAGUAUGGACAAACCGCUGUUGAUUAUUUGGCCAAGAACGUGAGUCUGUCUACACAGCGUAGGAUGAAGCUGGGAGAACAUUCAGCCGUUCUGGGCCUCCUACCAGUAGAGACAGGCCAAGCUUACUGAAGAGUCCGACUGUGCCAACAACCCACUCCAGCAACUUGGUACCACUGGAGAAAACACCACCAGCCUUCCAGGGAUCUACCUGUACCCGGACCCUACUCCUUCCCAAUUUCCUUCCACCCUGCACCAACUUGAGCUGUGAAGGAGACGGGAAAGAGGGGGAGGGCUCUCCAAGUAUCCAGCUCUUCCCAGAGCACUCUUCUCAGAGGCAAGCCUGGCCUCUGUGACCUGACUCCUCCUGUGGCCAGAGACAACGGGUUGGGUACAUUUAUUAACCCGAGUUCAUGCCCUCCCUCUAACCUACCUGGCCAUGGCAUUUUGCCCACACUUGAGGACUUUCCAUUGAUCUAGGUAGUUGGCAUAGUCAAAGCCAAAUUGAUCUUUUUUUCUUUGUAAAAAAAAAAGGAAUGUUUCAUUUUGUUUCCUUUUCUUUCCAUUGCUGUAAAUUUGGUGAAUGUUGUAUAGGAAGGAAUAACCAAGCUGAUCGUUAAGGAUGAUAUAAUUCGGGACCACAGAAGACCUAUGGACCAAAUAUAAGAACUUGUUUUAAAAAAAAGAACAAACAAACCACAAAGACAAACAAAACCAGAAAAACAUGUAUUAAAGUGACAGCAAAUUUCCCCACCCCGCUCUACCUUUCCGUUCUCACCGAUGGCUUCCCAAAGCAGGGCCGAAGCAGGCCAGAUUGCUGCUAAGCAGGGGCAGGAUGUAAGUCUGUCCAGCCUGGGACCUUUGGAAAGUGUAAAUGUAAAUUGCUGCAUGAGGACUGGAGGUUAUGGGCACAGGCACGAGCAACAUUUACUUUUCCUCUUAGGGACCAAUUUAGACCUGAUUAUCACUGAAAAGUCAUGGGCAUCAGAUAGCAGCAGGAGAUGCGAUAGCGAACGCUGGCCUUGCCCGCACAGAGGAAGGGCAUCAGCUACACCCGAUGGCCUCGGAGCUUUUGCCCAUCCAGUUGAGAAGGGCGAGGACUGUCAGUGACCCUUCUCUCGCCCAGCGGGGGAGAAGCUGGCCAUGAGAGCAAAGACAAGAGAGGGAAGAGUCAGAGGUGUUCGUUAGCUGCCUGCUUGGAGGAGUUAGUUUGCAAAGCCAGGUUCUUCUACAAGCAAAGGACCACCUGAAAGAACAUGGUGCUUGUUCUGAAGGUGCUUUCCUGCAGCUGCGUCUCACUGAGGGAUGGAUGUGGCCGUGGAGUCAGAGGGGAGAUGACCUGAAGACUCUUUCUAACAGCAGCUAGGAAGGAAAGGUGCUCUCAGCUGCAGCGUUACACCUCUUUGUACUGCAGGAAAAGAUUUACCCUACCAAUGGCUUUCUUUAUCCUCUAGCUGCCAGGAGAAAUGCUUGCCCUUGUCCAUCCUCCCGGCUUGUCCCUCACUCCUCUCAUUUUGUGUCCUAUUCUGUGUAACUCAAUCUCUCAGUCACUUCCCUCUGCUUUUCAUUUUGGUGGUGGAGCCUUUCUCUCUCUUAAGCCAGAUCUCCUUCUCCGGAUUUAUCACCCCACUUUUCUGUAGCAGCCAGUGCUCUCGCUUUUGAAUCGGCUCACGAUUCUGCUCAUCGCACUGCUCAGAUAAAGGCAGCUGACAAUAAGGGGUUAUUGCUAAGUCAUGACCCACAUGGGUUUUUAAAUAGCUUCCGUUUUGCAGGUGGUGAUGAUCCUUGAUGAUUUUUAUGCAGAUGUCUAAUAUUAUAGACUUUUUUCCCCUCACCUUCCUGUGUUGGGAGGGCUCACUUCACGAACGCGCUGAAAUUUGACCUGGAGAGGACGAGGAAAGCUGCCCCUGAGAUAAUCACCCUGAUGCACAGAAUCUGUGCCAGCCAGUAGCCGAUGUGUAAAGUCCAAUGGCAACAGGCAGUACUUAAAGUAAUCUACAGACCAUUAGGGUUUAUAAUUCACUAUUUUAUAUGUCUGCUUUAGGAUAGCGACUGUCUGCUUUUAUCCAUUGGCGAUAAUGGGGGACCACAUGGUCGGAUGAGUUCUGGUCUAGCAUAUGCUCCUAGGUUGUUAAAGGAGACACUUCUCUUGUGCUCUCUGCUAUUGCUGCUGCUUCUUCCAUUCUUCUCAGACAAUCUGAUCUUGUUUUUGCAGCUGAAACAACAUUUUCCUGGGGAACUGUCCCCUGCCUUGCCCCGACAUCAUUUAUCAUGAACCACCAAGCCGCUUUCUCUUGAGCCAUGUGGGCAAGUACCCGUUCUGACCAAAGCAGAGUUUUGCUCCUUAUGUCGCUCAGCAUCCUAUGGGAGCCACAUAUGGCUUUCAUCAGCUUUUUACGGCUGUGGCAGAGCCUGCUCUACAUUCCUAAAACCAUAUUAAUACAGCAGCUUGGCUACUCUGCCUCUCACACGCUCGCAUGCAUGUUUCUGUGCAGAAGCUCUGUGCCGGGUGACAUCUGCAUCCAGCGGCUGCAUUGCUGUCAUUUAUGCUCCAGAGACCCCAAUUCCGCCUCUGCUUGUCCGGCUGUAUUACACAUAAAGCUUCCCUCUAGUUGCGAAAGACUUUCCUUGGAUCACAAAGCUUUUGAAACACUUGAAGUUUGCAUUCUUCGCAUCCUUUCUCAGGGCACCUACAGCUGGAUGUAUAGGUGAGGCCAAAGGUACCAGUUUCCUUGAGGUGACCAGUUGCAUUAUGUGAAGCACUCUCCCUGCUUUGCGCCAGUUUGAGAUCUCGGAAGGCAGCAAAAGAUGCUGGUUUAUGUUGUUUACGCUUUAGAGCUGAUCUAAGGAAGAAAUCCCUUUGGAAUUCCAGUCUGGCUUAAGUGUCAUUCCCAAGAACAGUAGCCUCCAGCCACUGCGGGGC